AUGAUGUUAAUAUCGACCAUCAAUACUAAACAUUUAGAAUAUUUAUACAAAGAUUUCAGAACAGUACAUCAAGCAUUUUAUAACAACAAUGAUCAGUGUAUCAAUCGGUCUAUUCAAAGAAUGAUAGGAGUUUAUAUUAAUCCUGUAAACUUAUUAGAAUAUUCUCAAUCAAAUUUUUCAUAUGAUAAUGAGCCUAUUCAGAGAAAUACUCAACAUUUCUUUGCACAAACUAAUUAUCCAGACAAUGCAACAUUUGUUCGUAAUCAAUUUCAAAACUGUUCCAUAAAGAAUGAAUACUACUGUCUUCGCUAUGACCUUGAAACAAAACAAUGGAAAACGUAUUAUCAUUUUAAACAAAGAACACCAACAUUCAAUCAACAAAUGAAAAUUACGAAGUCAGUAAAUCAAUCAUUGACACAUCAUGUUUUUCUAACAGUGAAAUAUCCAGACAAGUAUUAUAAUAAAAUGUCUUCCAAUAUUCCCGUAGAAAAUAUUCAAGACCAACAACUUCGACACUUUUAUCAUUCGAAUUUUAAUCAACUGAAUUUAUUUCCUACUUCACAUUCAUCAUAUCAUCUAGCGGAACAUGUUGACACUGCCAGUCAAAUGAUGCUCACAUCACAUUUUAGUCAAGAUCAAUUAAAACAAUUGAGAGACAGUCAAAGUAAACAUUCCAGAAUACUGAAGAAUUACUUGGAGCAAACAAUUAGAAAUCGUAUUGGUAAUAGUAGUAAUAAUAACACUAUCUCAACUUAUACAAUGAAUCUAAAUGGACACGGUCAUUCAGUACGAAUGGAUCAAAAGCGUAUUUUUAUAAUCGAUCAUCCGCCUCCACCACCAUCAUCAUCAACCAUUUCAGUACCAGUGACAGUCAACAGAUCGGCUACAUCGAUUCACGAUAUUCCACAUUCAUUAACAAGUGAAUUAUUAUCAAAUAAAGGAGACAAAAGAGGCAAUGGAUACAACUAUGAUAAUAAUAAUAAUAACAAUAAUCCAAUUUUAAGUUUUCAAUAUGUUGAGCCACAUACAAUCGAGUUGCUUGUUGUUGUAACAGAAAGUAUGAAAAAACAAUUUGGUCCAUUUAUUAAUGAAUAUCUUCUUUCCACUAUGACUACGGUUUCAACACUUCUUCGACAUCCAAGUUUAAAAACUUCAAUUCAGCUAAGUAUUGUAGAUAUUAUACUUUUGGAUCCUAUUUAUGCACGUAGACAUAAUCUUGAAGAUUGGUUAAACAGUAAGCAAGAACAAGUUAUGGCUAGAUUUUGUAAAUGGGUUAAUCGACUUAGAACGCCAACUUACACAUGGGAUUCGGCGAUUUUACUAAAUGUUGGACAUUUCAAAUCUACCGCACUCGGAGUAGCACAUUAUCGAUCAAUGUGUAAUCCAGAAAGUUCAUGUUUAGCUGUACUUGAUCGAGGAUUUGGAACGGGACAUAUAAUAGCACACGAACUUGGACAUCAGCUAGGUGCUAAGCAUGAUUUCGAAUUAAAUUCUGGCUGUGGAUUAGAAGAACAAAAUCAUCAUUUGGCUGAUUUGCCUGGGAAGAACAAUGCUCAUGAUUUAAAGUUAGGCACAUAUCCUUAUUAUCAGCCCGGUGAUGAAUGGGACUAUAGAGAUAACUAUCGUAAUCCAGAUGUUCAUCAAUAUGAAUUUAUUCGACGCGAUACUAUCAUGUCUGGUACAUUAUAUUUUGAUCAAUUUCCAUUAAGAUGGUCUGCAUGUAGUCGACAAGCUAUACAUUUAUUUAUAGAAUCAGAUGCUGCUAAUUGUUUAAGACAAUUAAAUUCUCAUACAACAUUUUAUUCAGCUGAAAAAUUAACUAGUCAGUCUGUGGAUAAUCGUCCAGGGCAAAUUUUCUCACUAGACCAACAAUGUGAAUUUGUAUUAAAAACUAAAGGAACACAAUUCUGUGGUCAAGUGCUUCCAGUUUGCCAUCAGCUCUACUGUCAGGACAGUGAACAUAAAUCAUGUCUACCAAUGGAAGCAGCUUGGGCUGAGGGAACAAUAUGCGGGGAAAAUAAAUGGUGCAUUCAAGGACAGUGUGUUCCCACUGAUGAAAAUCCAACUCCAUUAGAUGGGAAUUGGGGUGAAUGGGGAUCAUGGUCACAAUGUUCACGUAGUUGUGGAGGUGGAAUACAAUUUUCCGAACGUGAAUGUAAUAAUCCUGAACCUCGAAAUGGUGGUAAUUUUUGUCAUGGGACGCGAACUAGAAUGAGAUCAUGUGGAAAUGAGGUAGGAUUUGUUAUUCCAAUAGCUUUAUAUAUGUGUUAUACUAAUUUUUAA